ACGUACACCAACAUUGAUACAAUACACAUUCUAAAAUGGGACUGGAAUCGGAAACCAAGAAAUCCCAGUUAGUGCUGGAGAUUUGCUCUUUAUCAACCCUAUCGGUUGCUUGUGUUCACAGGCAUCGUUGCAGCAGCUAUGGUCCUGUAGAAUCACAUUUUAUUGACUGGUAUCGGAUUCUUGGAGUAGAAGAAGAUGCAGACGUAGAAGGUAUAAAGAAGAGGUAUCGUAAACUUGCUUUGCAACUUCACCCAGACAAGAACAAGCAUCCAAGAGCUGAGCUUGCCUUCAAGCUUGUCUUCGAGGCCUACUCGUAUCUCACAGACAAUAUAAAGAGAAGAGCCUUCAACCUGGAGAGAAGCAAGAACUUCUGCAUAAAGUGCAACAGAAUUCCAUAUACAGUUGGCAACAAUUUGAGCAAAUCACAUGCACCGAAAGUAGCCGAGGAAUCGAAUGCUGCAAAUCGCUCAAAAUGGCUUCGGAAUCGCGUGAGAGAAAUGAAACAAAGAUUUAAAGAGGAAAUCAAAGUGAUGGAGAGCUGUUUGAAGGCUAAUAGCGCAUCAAGGAAAGAAGCACCACUUUUCAAACCGUCAGACAAUUGCCAUUUCCAUAGCGACACUCGUUCUGUGACACGAAAGGAGUCCCCAGUUUUUGAUCCAUCAGACUAUCUAUUCAAAGGCUAUCCUCACAUCAGAACUCGGAUUUACAGGAAACCUGAGAACUUUUGGGACUUGCAGAGAGAAGAUACAUCGAACAAUUACGGUGGCCAAAGAACAGUCACAGGAAGGUCAUAUCAUGACUCCCCAGUCUUUGAGAAAAGAUCAGGGAGAGGAAUACUCAAGGAAUCUGCUGCUUGUGUAUAUUCAUAAUAAUCCUGAUCAAUUGCAUUCAUCCAUAGAGUUAGAAUUAGAGUAGCAUAAUCUUACAUUGGCGAAUUCUUUUUUUCCCCUGUUGCUUCUGCUUCAGCUUUUGCUUGUCAAGUGUCAUCGCUAGCUAGCUAAGAUACGAUCGUUUUGAGACAUUGAUUCGACAUUUGCAUUUCGGUUUAAUUUUUCCAUCGUGUUGCGAAUGGACAAAUUUCCUUCUUGGAAUGAGAAAUUUUCGAAGCAUACAUCGAAAAAAGAUAGAACUAGGGACUCUCAACUUCUAAGCAUAAAUCGAAAAAAUAGUUUACUUAACCUAACCUCAAAAACAUAUUUUCCUCUUUCGCUUCGACAGCAACCGCACCCUUCCAUCUCCCUCGUUCUCCCAUGUUGAUUAAACUUCUAUCUCUAGACUCUCUACCAUUUCUCCAAUACUUUCUCUAUAAUCCCACAAAGUUUCUCUCUGUUUCUUCUCUCUUGUGAUUUUUGUUGACACUACUAUGCACCGCUUCACUUCAUGCCUCGCUUCUAAAGCUCGGUACUUUCCUCUUUCUCCUUCAUUAUUUACACAUGGGUUAUCAUUAUUUUCUUUGCUUUCCAUUUAUUUGCUGAGAAAAUGCACAAAUAAAUAAAUAAAAAUAUGGAAGAUCGGAACUUGAUGGAUAUUCUUGAUCACAAUAGUGGUUUACCACCUAAGCCGAGCUAAAACUAAUCCAUCAAGAACUUUGUUUGAAAUUGGAUUUUAUUUUCAUUUACAUCGUAAACAACCUAAUAAAGAUUCAAUCUUGUGAUUUCUCUUGCUUCAAAAUGAUGGCUUUUGCCUCUUGUGGGUUUUAUAGGAUUGCCAGGAGCAGCAACAAUCAGAUGAGUGCUGCUACUUUUAUCGGUUUGGUGUCUCGUUUUCACAUCUUAUUCUGAUUCUGGUUGUGCUGCUGCAAUUCUAUGACAUCUCUCUAGAAAGCAAUUCUUUUGCGUGUUUUUAUCAGAUUGGAAGUAGGUUGAGCUGGAGAAGAAACUAUGUUUCCAAAGAUAUAAGAAUCGGUGUAGAGGCUCGUACCAGAGUUUUAAAAUCCGGACCGUCUUGGUAGCCAACCCGGGCUUGGGACCGGUCCGGGUUGAGGCAAAAACCUGUUUGGGAAUCGACCCAGAAAAACCCAGUCGAUCCGGCCAAACCUGAGUGAGACCUGGUCAAUGUUUUUUUUACUGUCAUUAAACGACGUCGUUUUUUGCCAUCUAAAAUGUCUUUGAAACUCAUCUGAGGAGCUGAGGAGCAGUGAACAUCUAACCAUUGAUCUUUAUGAAAAAGGUUUGAAUCUCCCACAUGGUGCGACGCUACACUAUCAUCAACAUGCUACCUCACGAUCCCCCAUCAUAGUAUCUUUACUGCUAUAGUUACUGUUAUUGGUCUGUCACCUUCUAGAUUCUAGAUUUGUUACC